AUGCAUAUGAGAUUCUUAUUUCUCCUCGCCAUCCUUGUCCGAGGAGGACUAUCUAAGCGUGACUGCGAUGAAAAGGGUAUGAGAUGUCAUUGGGAAGGCACGAGCCCCAUCUGUGGUAGCACCGACAAAAGUUUAGGAGACACGGAAGUACGAGAUGACGGUACCUAUGUAUUGCAAGAAUGGAGCAAGGAUUACAACCGGUUGACCCUUUGGAACAAAAAUCUGGUGGGCUAUGACUGCAUCAGACAGGGAGCUUACGGCGAGUCGUGCUACCUCGGGGGGUACAAACGCCUUUGGUGCAAGGUUAAGGAUCCCAAUCCUGAGGCAUCUAACGACAGUGAGCCACUUACUGGCAAACCCAAGGCAUACACUGGUUGGGCAUUCGACGGCAGCGACCAAGCCCUGGACUUGGAUGACCAAUGCAAAUCCCUACCGAGUUUCUUGUCUCGCAAUGUGGGAUCUAUUGAUAUCCCUUGCUCUUUGCACAACAGAACCCAUUCAGCCAUAUGCUCGUUAUACUCGGAUUCCAAAUGUGCAACCGAAAUUAUCACAUACGAUCGCAGCCAUUAUUCCCUCUUCGCGAACAAGCAAGGGGAGAGAUACGGCGACAUCGGCAGCCGCGUCGCAAGCAUCAAGUGUCAGGUGCGAGCCAACACAGACCUGUGGACAUCCCAUGUUCGGUCGGUUGAUCAUCCGUCGAAUGAGAGCGUCGGUCAGUGCCCGAAUGAAAAAUGCUCUUCGUUCUGUACUGGUGAGCCCCAGUCUGGCGGACUUUAUUGCAGUGACUAUGCCACAUGCAAGAGGGCCUUGAGCCUGGGAGAUGCUUGCACGAAACAACAAGAGUGUGGUGUGAAUGUUUGCCAAAAUAACACCUGCCAGCAAGCCUCUUCGUCUCUUGGGUGGUAUGGGUAUAAGUAA